AUGUCUGACACUCCCAAUUUUGAGAACAUCCAAGGAGAUAUUUGGCCUGGUUUGUCGAAAAGAUACCAGGAAUUUUGGUUCUUUCAGAUUCACGAUCCCGAUGCCUUUAAACCAAGUCUCCGAAAGCUGGCGGAUGAAGUGAUUACGUCCGCAGCGGAUGCUCUGAACGACAAAAAGGCCAUACAUCAGGCUAAAGCGUCGGCGUCGGACAGAGAUCAUGAGUUGGCUGGAGUGAAUAUAGCUUUCAGCAACAAGGGCAUGGACAAGCUGUCCAAGAGCGGAUUCAGGGAUGAUCCAUUCCUCAAGGGCAUGGAGGCUGAUAUGGUGAAUGAGGGCCGAGAUAGGGCCGAGGACUGGAUUGACGAGUUCAAAGUAGGAGAGGACAAGCAAGGCGGCGUCGAUGGCGUUCUGCUGGUGUGCGGCACCGAAUCGAUGGUCAAGGACACGGUGUCGGAGCUGGCCUACAAAUACCUGAGCUCGAAGCAAGGAAUCAGGCACCUUCUUACCUUGGAUGGGAGAGAGAGGCCUGGGGCUCAUAAAGGGCAUGAGCACUUUGGUUUCCUGGAUGCCAUUUCGCAGCCUAAACUCAAGGGCUUCGAUAAUCCGCCCCAAAAAGGAGAUGGAAAUUACCAAUAUCUCACUCGUCCAGGCAUCAUUUUGAUUGGACACGAUGGAGAGUUGAACAAUGAAGAAAAAUUCCAGCACCCCGGCUGGGCCAAGGAUGGCAGCUAUCUUGUUAUCCGUAAGCUCCGACAACUUGUGCCCGAGUUCAACGACUACCUGAAAUCCGAAGCCCCCAAACUCCAUCUCAAUGAAGGGCAGUUAGGAGCACGACUGCUGGGACGUUGGAAGAGUGGUGCCCCGGUUGAGCUUCAUCCCCAGGACGACUGUACAGAGGAUGCAAGGCUAAACGAGUUUGACUAUUCCCCGACAAGCCACACCAACUGUCCAUUUGCUUCACACAUGCGCAAGGUCAAGCCCCGAAGCCUUGUCAGCAACAGAGAUAUGAAUGAUAUCAUGCGCCGUGGUAUCCCCUAUGGACCGGAAGUAGGUGUCAAUGAGACCAAGACCGAACGCGACCGCGGUCUGUUGUUCACCUGCUACCAAUCCAGUAUCUCCAAUGGGUUUCAAUUUCUGAAAAGGAGUUGGAUCAAUAUGGAUACAUUCCCGCCCGGAAAGACCCGCUACACUGGCGGGACGAACCCGGGCCAGGAUGCCAUUAUAGGACAACUCGUCAAGAACCCCCAAAAAGAGAAACACAAAAUUUUGACCACGAGUCUGGUCGACGGCAAAGGUCAGAACACCACUACCAGCUUCCUUCCCUUUAUCCAGGCCAAUGGCGGAGAUUACUUUUUCACGCCAUCUCUGCAGCUUCUUCGGGACAUGUCUGGACAACCGGCGCCUGGAAAAAUUGAGCAGCGAUCAGAGCCGCUACCAGAGCAGCGAUCGGAGCAGCGAUUGGAGCAGCGAUCAGAACAGCGAUCGGAGCACGAAGGCUUUUUCUCCCAAUUCGGUCACGGUGUCCAGAAUAUUGCUGACCAAAUCUUCUAA